CUUAUUGAUUUCUCACUUCAGCUGAAAAUUCUUAUUGGAAAGCACAACAAUUUUAUUUUUCAAUUCAACAAAAACGAUUAUAAAAAAAAUACAAGAAAAGUGAAAAGUUUGCUGUCGAAUCACAAGUGCUCCAAUUAAAAGUGAAAUAUGGGAGCAGCGUUCUUUCCAAUUCUAUUUUUCACAGCCCUUUGGGGAGCUGUGGGCAUUGGAAUGCCGAUUAUGACGCCAAACGGCCCGCAUCAGAAUUUAAUACGUUGUAUUCUGAUGCUAACUGCGGCCUGUUGUUGGCUGUUCUGGCUCUGCUGCUAUAUGGCCCAGAUGAAUCCUUUGAUUGGACCAAAAAUUAAACGUGAUGCCCUUGCUAUGAUUGCAAAGUCGUGGAGUGGUAAUACGCUGCGAGAUGCAUAAAUCUUUACUGUCUCCCAUAUAUGCAUAAUUCAAGUUAUCUAUUAUUGUAAAAAAUCAUGUUA